AGUUAGUGGGUUAUGGGGGUUAUGUGAAAAAUUUAUUCUUCAAAAAAUCGUGAAAAAAAAUCAUUAAAAAUAAUGGCUCACAGUCGAUUGGAAAAGAUAGGAACAAUCUUCACGAGGACAACUGGGCUCCUCAGGAGCGGAGCAAUGAAACCAGAAGACAAACCCCUUUGGUAUGAGAUUUACCAGGCAUUUCCUCCCAAAGCUGAACCCAGAUUCGAUCGACCUGCUCCUAAUACAUCCGUAAGAGAUAUCUUCUACCCAGAAGACGUUGUCAGAGCGAAGUUCCACAAACUCUCAAAGACACAGGGAUCACUGAAUUUGCUGGACACGAGAAAUAAAACCCACUGCCAGCUCUUCAUAGAGAUCUAUAAUAAGCUAAAGGAAGAUGGAGCACUGUCGGAAGAGAAAAUCCUCGAUACGGCACAAAUUAAAUUGGAAGAAAUGAUUCAGCAGGAGAAGCUAAGCAAAGGAACUGGGCUACUUUCCAGCUUCACCGAAGCCAAAGGCAAGCAGGAAACGAAGAAUGUUAACAUCUCUGAUCUUUUCAAGCCAUAGAAUGAAUAAAUUCUUGUAGAAUUUUUGUAAUAAAUUGUUAAAAUAUAGAAUCUUUUUUGCAAGAAAA